AUGUUAGAAGGCACAAAAGGAUCUUGGGUGGAUGACUUGCCUGGGAUCUUGUGGUCUAUUCGUAACACCACCAAAGAAGGUACGGGGCAAACCCCUUUUGCCUUAGUGUAUGGGAGUGAUGCUGUAUUUCCCGUAGAAGUUGGAAUCCCAUCCCCCAGGGUCACCUUCUAUGACUUCACCCAAAAUGAUCAAAUGAAGCCUUUGGCCUUAGACUUACUUCCAGAGAUAAGAGGAAAUGCUUUGCUUCGCUCUAUAGCAUACAAGAAAAGGAUAACUCGAUACUUCAACAAGAGAGUCAAGAAAAUACCCCUAGCUGGGGUUGACUGGGUACUCCGAAAAUGUGAGUCUGCAGGCAAGCCUUCGGCACUGGAAAAGCUAAGCCCAAAUUGA